AUGAAGAAAAGCAAUAAAUGUGAGAUGAAUGACAUAAGCAAGGUUUCUCUUUUUAAUGAAGAUAAAAUGGCUGCGCUUGCUAGUUCCGAGACACAUAGAGAUAUAUUGGGAAUGCUUGAAGGGAAUUUUGGAGAUCCAGAUACUAGAAAGGCUAUUUUUUCGAGCAUAUCCAGGAUGGCUUUGAGACACAUAAUAAGAACGCUUCCUAAAUCUAUCAAUCCUACGGGACAAAUGUAUUCAAUGGUGGAUGAUGUAAGUCUGAAGCAUCUUAGAAGCUCAGAUGUUAACGGUUCCUUUAGAAUACUAGUUUGUGCAUUGAGAAAAGUGGAUAGAGAAACUGUUGGAGAAGUACUUACACAAGAAAUUAUUAUGAGACUGGUGGGGAUGAUCAGAACAGACGACCCAAAAGAAAGAAUGCAGCUCUCAGAGCUCUUGAUAAGCAUUUCUAAUUGCUCGAGAUGCCUUCAUGCUGUUUUCCUUGGGCUAACCAACGAGCUUGUAAACUUUAUAGAUAACAACAGGAAUCAUGUUGGACUAGAAGAGGCUUUGAGGAUUAUAAUAGUGAUUGUAAAGAAAAGAGCUAUUGGAUAUGAAGACAUGGUUGCCUUUCACUACCAGAUAAUUCUCCGCAUGAUUGAGACAAGGUUUUGCGGAGAAAGCAAAGAGAUGCCUAAAAUGAUAAGGACUAUCUGUAUAAACUAUCCCAAAGCAAUUCCUCUAACUAUAAAGCAUCUGAAGGGGACAUUUGAAAAGGCAUGGUCGAAUACAAAGGUUUCGAUUGCUCAUAUUGUAGGUGAUGUUCUUCGAAUCAUGUGUGACGAAACGUACAUAUGUCUCGAGGACGAAAUCUGUGAGAUUAUAAGGAUGUCUUUUGAUUCAAACCAUUACUUAGUGAUUGAGGCGAUGGCAGAGAUGCUGCUUUUGAAUCAUUGGAAUGUAUCGAGACAUAAAGAAACGUUUGUACCAAAGGUUUUUGGGUCUAUUUACAGAGCGUCCCAGAAGCUUUGGAGGGCUGAGAGUGUGAAUAGAGUAUUAAAGAUCCUCCAUGCCAUCCUUGAAAUGGACCAUAGACUGUUUGAGAAAUGUUUGAAGACGCAUAAUGUAAAGAAGUGGAAAGACAGGUGGGAAAAAGAAAAAAAUAAUUGA